UGCACUGGAUUCAGCAACAUGGUCUGAUACUCAACCCCCCUUCUCGUGAUCUUCUGGAUGGAUAGGGCGUUUGUUAACUAAAUUGUCUUGCCAGCGCAUGGUUUGUCAUCAAGGCGCCCGUGGUUGUUCUGGCCGGUCCUGUUCCUCCAACUUCCGACGGUCUACAAAAUGCUUAUAUUUGGCAUCCUUCAUUGUCGAAACCAGCAACGGACACCAGGACACCUGGUUUAGAAAGUUGUCCGCGCGCAGUGUGCGGUUCUCACGCUUCGCAACACACGCUGUUUCUGCAUUGCUUCCAUCAGCCGCAUUGUCUUAUAAUGGUGACCUUAUGCUACAUCAGCUUCGUCUAUUAUAGUUCAUGUGAUCAUCUUACAGAGCAGCUGAUGGAAGAUAAUGACGACCGGCCACACAUUGCCCUUGUAACGUUCAAGACGUCAAGAAUAUCGAGAUGUAUCCAAUAUAUUUGACACAAGUUAUCCUCCACCCGGGGCAUAUAAUUGCCACGAUAUCUACAGGCGAUUUCUAGCUCUGAAAUCUCCGGUAGAUACGCCAUGUUUACCGAUCUGACUUUAUUUGUGCUCGUCCUGGGCCUUAUGGGUCAGAAGAACUUGGCAGCAGCAGUAACGACCUUGGGCGACGGAACAGCAUACGAAAGUGGCAAAGUGGAAGGAAUGACCUGGCAAGCCUCAGGUAUUCUAACGCAGGGAUGCACCGACAGCGUUUCCAAGAUUGACGACUGUUACGAGAUGACUCUGUCUUCAAAUCCGAAUGACAACCUCGACCCGGGGAAUUGGACAGCUCGACAGCGAAACGAACUGCACUUUCCGCCCCAAGCUGAUGGAUCGACCUGGAAUUAUCAAUGGAAGCACUAUCUAGCGUCUGGCGUGGGCUCCACGACCCAUUUCUUCCACAUGAUGCAGGUGUUCUCUACAAUGGAUGAUGGGCCGUUAGUGACUCUGGAUCCAAUAUCUGGCGCCGUUAGGAUAACGGACUACGAAAGAGGCUGCAACCCUUGCGGCCCAACUUACAGUCCCCUGAGCAGCUGGGAAGGCCGCACAACAAUGCACGAGAUGACCCUUACUAGUGGGUCUAACGGCAACCUGCAGUAUGCUGUAUCAGACGCCUCUACGGGUGCCGCGCUUAUCAGCUACUCCGUUUCAGGAUACAUGGGUGGUCAGACCUAUGUCAAGUUUGGUACCUAUCGUGCCACAGAGGACAUAACGACGGGUGUGACUGCCUAUGUUGGUGAUUUCGCUUCUUCCCAACAGUAGGAGAUUGAUAUUCAUGAUGUACGGCUGAAUUAUCUGGCUUGUCUUCCGACCCUUUGGUCCAGCCCUGCCCUGCCCAUUGUAACCGUAUGAACUG